CAACAUGUUGCAACACACUUAAAGAAACAUAUUGUCGGAUUGAUGCAAUAGCUUUCCGGUUCAAGGUAGUCCAAGCUUUCUCAUCAACACCUGUUGGACGUUCUUUAUACAAAAUUGGGUCAAGCAAAUCUUUAGAGCAUAAAUAAUCCUCAAUACGAAUUUUCCAAAUUGAAUAAUUCGUAGAGUUCAAACUAACCAUUCCUUGAACAAUUACUUUGUCAUCCAUCAUAAACAACACAAGAAGCCAACCAAAAAUAAUCAAGCUCCGAUACCACUUUGUUGGGGAAGCACGGAACAAAACACAACGGAAGCGUAUAAAAUCUUUUCCCCAAAUUAAUGAGAUGAAUAACAAGCACAAUAUACUCCAAAAACAGCAGCACCACCACAAAUAAAUAGCAAGGGAAAUAAAGUAAAGAACACACGAUUUACGUGGAAACCCCAAAUCGGGGAAAAAACCACGGCCGCUCAACAACGGCUCCCAAACUUCCACUAAUCACCAAGAAUCAAGUGGGUACAACAAGUUCUCCUCUCUAGUAAACACUAGAGGCAUACACAAUCAUCAAGGAGCAACCUUGGAACAACAACAAUCAACAGUUCACCAUAAAAUGGAGUAAAAACUCCCAAAAACGCAGGAAUAGACCAGCAAAGAAACAAAGGGGAGGUGUAUGGUGCUGAUUAGGCAUGCCAAAAAACUAAGGUGACCAACCACUCUUCGUGCUCUUUCUUCGUCUCAAGAACUUGCUCUUCGACUCCCUUGGUGUACUAUUCGUGCCCCGUUUUUAUCUCAUCAACUUCUUGUUCCACUUUCUUGAUGCAAACCUAUCACUUUGACAAUGUGGGACACUUUCGCAUCAGUCCAAGGCUGCGAAAUUGAGAAGUGCAACGGAGAAGUAGCGGCGGCGUCACAACCGGCGGCGUGUCGUCCUUGGCUGGUGCAUUACCACGGCAAAGGUUACAGAAAGCAGCCUUUCGCUUCGGACAUAGCAGGACCCUCCCCUGGCAUUAUUAUUCCUGGUUUGGGCCGCAAUAAGGUUCUCUCUUGUGCUCACGGCUGCCUUGUUUUGUACGAUUAUAAAGCCAAAUUGCUGUCUCUGUGUAACUCGGCCACAUUCGACAACGACAACCGUAUCCGCCUCCCCCACCUGAAUCACUUAUCAAAUUACAAGAUCGACAGUUGCGUCCUACUACCUCCUCCUCUUCCUCCUCAAGGUCCAGGCGGCGGUGGCGGCGGCCAUACCAAUAAUAAUAGUAGUAACUGGCAUGGUUUCACCGUCUCAAUAUUCCUGGAAAAAUUGCCAUCCAUAAUGUUUUGUCGGGUGGGAGAGACAAAGUGGAGAGAAAUAAGGUAUGGCAAGUAUUUGGAGCCUUUCGUUCCAGAGAAAAUUCAAAGGUAUGCUAGAGAGUGGGGAAGGCCCCUGUUUUUCAAACGGGCUGUUGGCUUCGAUGGUAAAAUAUAUGCCCAGCUCGGUGCCGAAUGGAUUGGUGGCUUCUGCUAUUCUAUGAUGUCAAUUGAGAUAGUUGAAGUCGAAGUUCAAGUAGAAGUUGAAGGAGGAGCAGAAUAUGGGCUGGUUUUGUGUACAGUGGAAGAACCUGCUGGCCUGAGUUGUGCUUCCAUCUCACCUUACACCAAUGUCUAUAUUGUGGAGUCUUGUGGGGAACUCUUCUUGCUGCAUUUUUCACCUGGAGCUCAAGUGUUUGAGCUAUGGAAGUAUUUUGAUGUCUUCUCCCCGUCUCCUCCUAUUUCCAUGAACCCCCAACAUGUCCUCUCCAUCAAGGAAGAAGAUAAGCAAAACAACCAAAAGUGCAACAUCAACAAUCAAAGAAGAAGAAGAACCAUCGUCACAUCAGAAUUGGAGUCGUGUAAAAAUACAAAUGUGUGCAUACAGUUGUAUGACCUUCCUUUCGAUUUGUUGGAGCAUAUUUCCAAGCAUCUCAUAGCAACAGAGUACAUGAAUUUUCGUGCCGCGAGUAAGAUAUGCCAAUCACUUUGUCCUCCAAUAAAUUGGAGAAUAGCCCUGUCCGAAACCGAAAAAUCUCAUUGUUUUCCUUCCCCGUUGCUAAUGUUUCCUGACAGCCAUGAGAGCGUUUAUAAAUUUGUGGAUCCGAGCCUAAAUGUCAAUGGUAACAAUUACUACUUGAUGAGUAUACCUGAUUCUCUUAGAAGUCAUCAUAUCAUUCGCUAUUCUGAACAAGGAUGGGUCUUAUUGUCAAAAAGUCGAUCUUGUGUUAAUCUUUACAAUCCGUUCAAGAAAUGCGUCAUCACUUACAAUCACACUCUUACCAAAAGAGAAGACUGCCUUUUUUUCAUUCGAAAUCCACCAGGAUCCAUACAACCGGUUCGUGUUGUUUUUUGUGGAACCAAAGUUUUUGUAUCAACCGUGGUCGAUCUUGAUGAUCCUGAUGAAGAAUGGAGUUGGGACGAGAUGAAGGGCAACAAGAAUUUUGAUGCAGCAGCGCAGACUAGUCCGGUCUUGUUUAAAGACACUUUCUAUUACUUGGAUAAGACGGGCAAACUGGGAAAUCUUGAAAUAGAUUUUGAAGGAGGAAACAUGAGGUGGGAAGUUCUUGAGAAGCCGCAUAGGCCAGCGGGCCUGAAGUUCUUUGAUCACAACUUCUUGGUGGAGUGUGGUGGGGAGUUGAUCUCAAUAUUUCUUGGGCGUGCGGGGAAAUGGGUUUCUGUUUACAGGUUAAAUAGUGAUUCUCAGGUAUGGGAAAAGGCGAGCAGAUUGGGAGGCUACGACUUAUAUCUCAACCCAACUGCUUCUUCUUCAUCCUCUGCCAUGCCGCCUUCUUCAACUGGUGGUGGCGGGAACAGAAUUUACUUUCCUUUGCUCCGUGGUUCAGAUAUUGUCUACUUCUCCAUGGAAACGGGCAAGUGGCAUUUCUCCGGAAGCCAACUCGAUUCAUCGUCCACCAAUCUUUAUGGUACAAGAUGGUACCCCAACUCUUGUUGGAUUAAGCCUUGUUGGUAAUUUUACACCUUCAUCAUAUAUAUAUCCAUCCAGUGCCAUCAUGAUUCUCUCUAUCGCCCCAGCUGAAUCUGAUGAUUUAAUUAUAUCUGCGUCACUCAUAUAUCCAUAUACUCCCUAGUUAGUCCCUUGUUUAUACUGAUCGCCCAUUACUAUCUGAUGCUAGAGUGACUCUUUUUUUUAAUAAUCAAACUAUUACAGUUUG